AUCUGCAUUAGACGAUUCAACGAGUAAAAAUGACAGAAGUAAACAAAGAGACGAUUAUCUCAAACAUUAUCAUCGGAGCGAUAACGCGCUCGCUGAUGCUGUUUCCUACAUGACGUAUAAUGACGCAUAAAUUAUGCGGCAUAAUCAUAACAUUAUGCGCAUUGUUCGUGACAUCGUUGUGAACGUCAGUUCGUAACAUCAGUUGCUCCGCGUUGUUACGCUGUGCGACUGUGGGGCAAGAAAUAAGUUUAAUUUGUUCGACGACGUCACACGAUCGUUCGAUUUGAACAGCAAAUCGGAUUCUCACGCGAUUCUCACGUUUCGUAAAUUCUUUGUUCCAACGUGUUAUUGUGGAAUCAUGGUCAUUGGUUAAAAAAUACAUCAGCUGAGGAUUGAACUAGUGCGUCGCUUUUAUAUAGUGCAAGGACAUCAUGCUCUCGUACGUUGUGCUCGUAAUCUUGCCACUUGUUUCUGCUGACGUGAUACAUUAUCAACCGGAAGCGGUGCAUCUCUCUUACGGUGAUAACGUUCGUGACAUCGUCGUCACUUGGAGCACGAAAAAUGAUACGGAAGAGUCGAUAGUGGAGUAUGGCAUAGGUGGACUCAUUCUAAGAGCCGAAGGAAAUUCCACUCUCUUCGUCGAUGGUGGAGAGCAAAAACGAAGACAAUACAUCCACAGAGUAUGGCUGAAAAAUUUGACGCCCGAUAGCAAAUAUAUAUAUCACUGCGGCAGUCAUCAUGGCUGGUCGAACGUGUUUUAUAUGAGGACCAUGCCCGAGGACACCAUCCAUUGGUCACCGCAAAUAGUUAUUUUCGGUGACAUGGGCAAUGAGAAUGCGCAGAGUUUAUCGCGACUACAAGACGAGACUGAGCGUGGUUUAUACGAUGCUGCGAUUCACGUUGGCGAUUUCGCGUAUGACAUGCACACUGACGACGCACGCGUAGGGGACGAGUUCAUGCGGCAAAUCGAGUCCGUCGCUGCUUACAUACCGUACAUGACCGUACCUGGCAAUCACGAAGAGAGAUACAACUUCAGUAACUACAGAGCGCGAUUCACGAUGCCGGGUGACUCGGAGGGUUUGUGGUACAGUUUUAACUUGGGACCCGCGCAUUUCGUAGCUAUAGAAACCGAAGCUUACUACUUCAUGAAUUACGGUAUAAAGCAGUUAAUCAAGCAAUAUGAGUGGUUGGACAAGGAUCUGCGAGAAGCGAACAAGCCUGAAGCGAGGCUUCAACGACCGUGGAUAAUAACAUUCGGACAUCGGCCGAUGUAUUGUAGCAACGCGAAUGCAGACGACUGCACCAAUCAUGAGAGUCUAGUCAGGGUUGGAUUGCCAUUUUUGAAUUGGUUUGGACUGGAAGACCUGUUGCUCAAGCACAAAGUCGACCUGGAACUCUGGGCACACGAACACAGUUACGAGAGACUGUGGCCCAUGUACAAUUUCCAAGUGUACAAUGGUAGCUACGAAGAACCGUAUACAAAUUACAAAGCGCCCGUGCACAUAGUCACCGGGUCGGCCGGCUGCAAAGAGGGUCGAGAGAAAUUUGUUCCAAAUCAACCGGACUGGUCCGCGUAUCGUAGCUCGGAUUACGGUUACACGAGAAUGAAGCUAGUCAACAAUACUCAUCUCUACUUAGAACAGGUGUCUGAUGACAAAGAAGGCGCUGUUUUAGACAGAGUUUGGCUCAUAAAAGACAAUCCUUAUCCACAAUACGUGGAAGCUCAUUCUAUAGAAUAAUGGGAUGUAAAAUUUAAUUCUAAUUAGCUAUCAAGUAACAAGAUAAAACAACAGACGCAUAAAGAAGAUAAAUUAUUUCACAUACUCGAUAAAUUUUAGUUUAUCGAGUGACAUACAUGAAUCAGUGAACCAGGUAUUCCCUUCACUCUCCUUAGAUGUGAGUGUGUAUUAUAUGUAUAUAUAAUUAUAAUUCGAAUUUCUAAUACAGAUUUUACGCAAAUAGACAUCGUGAAUAAUAAAAUAUUUGCAUAGCUUUUACGUAUGAACAAGUAAAAAAGUAGCAAAUGCAAAACGUACAAUAUAAUCCUUUAAUUGUUAAAAUAUAAAUAUAUGUAUAUAUAUAUAUAUAAUUAUUAUAGUAUAUAUAUAAUAUAUAGUAUCGUAUAAUAAUAUAGUAUUAGUGUAUAAGAUUUUCGUUUUUCCAUCUAACUCUUUCACAAUUAAUUACUAUUCAGUGAUAAAUAUAUAUAACGUAUAGCCU